AUGCAGCGCCAGGAGACCUCGAGCUUCGCUGACGCCGGUGAGAUGAUGCUGCCUCAGCUGCCGCCCAUGGAGGGCGCUCUGCCCAUUGACGACGCCGAUUCCGCCCUGGAGCAGGCCUCAAUGCCCAGGCCCAGGGCCCGCGAGCGACACUAUCGAAGCCGCAGCAGCCUCGCCAUGGAGGUGCUUUCGCGCCGCAUGAGCCGCCAGACGCUGCUGCAGCAACACCAAUCCCGCCCAACAUCAACAGACAAUGCCGCGUUGGACAGCAGCCUGGACGAAAUGACCAUGGAGAUGGACCUCGACGACGCCUCCCCUUCCAUGCCUGUGCCACCCUCGGCCCAGCGCCAGCGUCCGUCGCGGCGCUUCCUGUCGCUGUCACUUCCCCAUGUCUCGCCAAUUGCCCCAGAGACAACCAUCGACCCGGAGGUCGCCUCCAGAGUCCUUGCCCGGAUGCAGGCCGACGCCCAGCCUGCCAUCCGCCCGGCCCAGUCGUCCAGGAGCUCAAACCUGGUGCCCGCCAUCGAGAUUGACGCUGCCGAGCAGGCAGACGACGCCCAGGCCGAUGAGGGCUACAGCGAAGGACCAGACGAGUAUCCCUGGCUGGGCGAGAAGCUCGCCGGAACGCUGAGGAGCCAAGGCCUUCUCAGCUUCACCACCUCCGCCGAGGCGGCCAUGCGCUGCCCCAAACUCGUGCGCAACGUGCCUCGCAUGCGCAAGAGGUCGCACAAGAAGAAGGAGCACAGACUCCGCACGUCAAGAGAGCCCACCGGCGAGCCGAGUCAGCUUCAGACGCCCGCGGGGAAUGCCAUGGCCGCUGUUGAAGCAGCAGCAGCAGCAGCACGCGCUUCUAUGCAGUAG